CAAACGAUCCAUCCGCUCGCGACUCCGUGUAAACUUUGCAUCAUGGCGUCGGAGCACAGUGGCGAGUUGGCAAGCAUGGAGAGCUCCAGCCGAAGCGCUCGAGUCGGCUUCUGCAGCGACAAGUACUCUCUGCUGGUCGUUGUGGGACAGCCCGGUCCGGCCGGGUUUGUGGAUUUACUGGUGUCAGAGAUUGACAGAGGUAUUCGCUCCUGGGACAUCGACUUGACCGCCUGCAAUAUAGACCAACAGCUGAAACUCUUUAUUUCAAGACACUCGGCGUCCUUCUCUGAAGACCUCAAAGGACAGAAGACCCUGCAGCACAGUGGGGAUGUGCUUGAGACCAAAGUGAUAGUCAACCCAUCUCAUGAUUUGGUUUGUUCAGAGGUUCGUCGUCUCAUUUCCGAUACGUCUCUUCACAAGCUGCUAAUUCUUGCUGGCCGAUGUGUUGAAGACAUUGGAGACCUUGUGUUACAAAUAGGGUCUUUUUCAUUAAAUGACUUUAUCCACAUAUUUACAGAUGAAGAGAUUGGAGAUCUUCUCACCUCUGCAGACCCUUCUCAGAAAGCCAGCCUAACUCUGAUCUGCCCCGAAUCUGGGAUGUGGAAAUGUUCUCAGUUAGAAAAACAUAAUUUGCAAGAUUAUAUUGAAAUUAAAACCAACCCUCCGUUAGUGCUCCCAGAAAUGGAGGGCCUUCAGGAGUUUACAGAGUAUUUGUCAGAGUCUCUUGAACCUCAGCUGCCUUUUGACUUGCUUGAGGCACCUAGUACAGUUGGCUUCCUAAAACUGUCCCGUCCCUGCUGCUAUGUGUUUCCUGGAGGAAGAGGUGGCUGUGCCUUCUUUGCUGUGAAUGGUUUCAAUGUCUUAGUCAAUGGGGGGUCUGAUACUCGGUCUUGUUUUUGGAAACUGGUGAGACAUCUAGACCGAGUGGACUCAGUAUUGCUCACCCAUGUCGGUGUGGAUAAUCUACCUGGUAUAAACAGCCUACUUCACAGAAAAGUGGCUGAACAACAAGAAGAGGAGUCCGCUGGAUCACAGAGCAAUGAAGACUGGCAGAGGAAUCGGAUAUCUCCUGAAAUAGGGGUUGUAUUUUUCAAUGCUUCACAAAGACUUAAAACAUUACAGAGUGACUCCAGGGUCCUUCGAAAUUUUGAUCAGGGUUCCCUAACAUUACAACAUUUAGAAAGCUUGUCAAUUUUUCCAAAACGGCUCAGUCGCUCUGCUGGGCCAGCUGUCGAGCCGGUAACUCUUUUCCAGAAGAUGGGUGUAGGUCGACUAGAUCUUUAUGUACUCAAUCCAGUCAAAGGUAGCAAAGAACUAGAGGCUUUCCUGCAGACUUGGCCUGCUGGCACUCAGAAUAUAAAGACCUCAGAAAUCCCUCUAGAGUGUAUGGUGUCCAUUUGUGCACUGUUGGUAUGGCAUCCAGCUAAUCCUCAAGAAAAGAUCAUUCGUGUUCUGUUUCCUGGGUGCACACCAGAAUCCAAGAUCUUCGAGGGUUUGGGGACAUUAAAGCAUCUAGAGUUCCUCAAACACCCGGUAGUUAGUUUGAAAGACCUUGAGGCAUCAAAACUGGAUAAACAGCCAAAGCGUGCUGAGAGCAAGGAAAGCCUUAAGAGUAUUUCCAAAGAGUCUCGAUCUGGUAGUGCUUCACUCAAAGACAAGGUAAGCAAAGUAGAUUUGAAAAGGCAAGACACUAAGACAAAGAUUAAACCCACUAAUGACACGGUUUCAAAAGAAGGGAAAGAGGGUGAGGAAAAAGCAAAGCCAAAAGAUGAUGGGAAAGAAAGAACUUCUAAGCCUGAAAAGCAAGUGGCUAAGAAAGAACCUGCUAAAGAUGAGAAAAAGGAAGUUAGGAAGAAAGAGGAAAGGCCACCAUCAAGUAUAGCGAAGAAAGAUGAGAAUGUAGAGAAAAAGAAAGAACCCUUGAAAAAAGAUCUUGGUGCAAAGCCCAAGAAAGAUAUUAAACCUGAUUUGAAAAAGGAGAUUAAGAAAGAGGUCAAACCAGAAGACAAAAAAACUACCAAAACUCUUGGCAAGGAUGUUAAGAAAGCCACUGGAAAUUUGCCAGGCAAUGUAGAGGCAAGAAAGACAGUUGGCAAGAUUGGCUCACUAAAGAAAGAUUUGAUGCUCCCUAAAAAGGAUCCUUUGACCAAAGGGAAGCCAAAGCCAGACAAAAAGGAGCCUGACAAACCCUCAAGUGCAGUCCAGUCAAAGACCUCUACAUCUGAGGACAUUACUGCCCAGUUGGAAAAGUUGGGGAUGGAGAAUGAACAUGGGCCAUUGGAGGAUGUUGAAGGCAACCAUGUGAGCUCAAGAACACAAUGUACCUCUGAGAACAAUGACAAGCAGGUGAAUGACUCUACAACAGGUACUGAUGAAAGUCCAGAGAAGUUUCGCAGUAUGGAUGAGGCCCCUGGCUCAAACAGUGGUAUUGGACUUCCCUCCCCACUUGCAAAGUCUCUUAAGAGUGAGAAAAGUGUUAAUUUUGAUAUGACACCAACGGAGCUUGAUGGAUGCCUCAAAGACAAUGUCUGUACAAGCUCGGAUGAAAAAACCCUUGAGUUAUUUUCCCCCACAGACUCUGGGAAGAACAGUUCAGGCCAUUACCCACAAUCCCCUGACAAUUCUUCUCGAGUCUCUGGAGAAGAUUGCAAGUUAGGUCUCAGGAGCUGCAAAAACUCAAUGCCAAUUUGUUCAAGAAGCAAUAUAGAAAACGGCUCCAUAUCAUCACAAGAUAGACAAUCAAGCUUUCUCUCCUCAAUUUCUCUUAAAGACACUCCCAGUAUCACUUCCUUUCCUGCAGAAGUUGGCUCUCCACAUUCCACUGAAUUAGAUGAUUCAUUAUCGGUUUCCUUCGAACAAGUGCCUGCUUGUCCUUCACAGGAUGUGUUGGGCAGCUUGGCAUACACUAAUGGGCAUUUAGCAGACCGUGACCCCAAAACAGAUAUGUCUUUACCUUUAAAAACAUCUCAUAAUAGUCACCACGCAUAUGAUGAAUCAGAGAAUCACCUCUUUGGACCACAGAUUGACAUCCUUCCACAUGAUGUUGAUCUAUGUCUGGUUUCUCCCUGUGAGUUUAAACAUUCCAAAUCUCCAGAGGACCAACAGGGGCUCUCUUCGGAGGUUGCUGCCCCAAGUCCUGACCACUCUCCUGAGCCAGUUAGACAGCCCUACCAGUGCAGUAGUAGCGGUCAUCAGUCUCUGGAAGGUCAGGAGACGACGUCCUCUGUCAGUGUCUCUCUCAUCUCGGUUUCUGAUUCUGAUGUGCCACCAGCCACUGAAGAGUGUCCCUCCAUUACUGAGGACUUGGACUCUGAUGAGGACCCUAGUGACAUCUUUCCACCACACCAUCCUCAUGACCAUCCUAGCAGUCAUUCGGUACACCACAAUUCCCAGCGUGUCUCUGAAGAUCCUCCACCUGCCCCAAUGAAGGAUUUACCACCACUGCCACCGCAACCUGGUGCCUGCAUGGCUGACCCAGAGGCUGAUGGUCAGGGUAGCUCUUCCAAGAAUGUAAUAUCAAAGACCAAAAAAACAGCAACUGUGUCCACAAAGACUUCAUCUGCAAACAUUGUAACACAGGGUGGAAAGACAAAGACUGGUGCUCAGGUGUCCGCCAGUGGAACUAUUCGACCAACAUCCAGUCUGGACACCAGACCUGCAUCCCGCAAUGCUGUUAGCGGAUCUAGACUAGUGCCUUCAAAGUCCUCAUCCAGUUCUGUCAGUGCAAAUUCAAGUUCAGUACCCAUCUAUUUGGACUUGGCAUAUUUGCCCUCUGGCUCAGCAGCUUCCACUGUCGAUGUGGAGUUUUUCCGGCGCCUCCGUUCGUCCUGCUAUAUAAUUAGUGGAGAUGAGCCGCACAAGGAAACAGUCAUGAGGUCUAUUCUCAACUCUCUUCUAGAGGGCAAAGCAUCCUGGCCAGAUGUGCAGGUGACUUUGAUCCCCACCUUUGAUUCGCUGACUAUGCACAGCUGGUACCAGGAGACCCACGAGCGACAGAGAGAUCUAGCGAUCACGGUACUUGGGAGCAACAGCACCGUAGCCAUGCAGGACGAGACCUUCCCAGCAUGCAAAGUGGAGUUUUAAAGACACCUGAAGAACCACACCUCUGCCUGUCACUAGAGCACUUCUGUUCACUCUCACAACAUUGUCUCUCAUUUUCUUCACACAUUUUUACCUUGAGCAGCAGAAUGAAGCAUGUCAGAUGAAUUGAUCAGGACCAUCUGUAAUGUUAACUUCUUCGCUAGCUGCUUAUUAAAAUGUGGUGGAUUCUGUGUGAACAGGGUUGACAGUGUUGCCAUUUUUUCUUUUUUUAUGCCUAUUUUUAGCAGUUUUAACUUUUGUCCGUGUUAUUUUAUUCGUUGCAUUUUUGUUGAUUAUCUAGCAUGUCUCAACUGAACGAUUUACCAUACUUCAUGGUCCUACACACACAUUUUGCACAGUUUAGAAAACCAUGGCAGAAUAAAGAUAGACAUCUGGGUUACACUUGAUGUCUGUAUUCCAGUGUUUCACUGUACAGAUCCUGCACUAAAUCAUGAAGUGUUUUUCUUUCUUUCCUUUCACCUUCAGCAAGUUUGUUUUCUUUUAGGGUGAAAAUUAAGGCAAUUAAAGUGUAAUGUUUUGUUUGCCAGAACUGAACCACCUUUGUCAAUAAAUGAGCAGAAACUGAGCUAUAGCAGCUAGAUAAACACUUCAUUAGAUUUUCAGAUUAAAACAUACAGCGGAAAGUGUGGUUUCAAAAUGUAAGCAUGGUCAGAUUAUUUUAGUGCAUCAAAUGACUUCUGUGAACACUAUGUAGCAAAGUGAGUACUUUUGUGAAAAUAUAUAUAGUAAAAGCCAAGACAACAAUUUGAUUUUGCAUUUAUUGAGAGUGGAGAAUAUUAGUCUAUGCCUUUGUGUGUGUGUGUGUGUGUGUCUCAUUUACUUGGCCUAUAUGUGUACAAAGCUGAAUGCCUUUUUGUUCUUGCCAUCAUUGACAAACACUAAAGCAGACUGUUGUUCAUGACAAUUAAUUUGAGUUAUGAAUACUUUGUUGAUCACCUUGCUUUUCAGAUUUUUAUUGAAUGUCAUGAGACAAGCUCAACCAAUGUGUACAUUGUCACAGCAGUGGCUGCUAUACUUAAUAAUAAACUGUUGAAUUGUGAUUAGGUGGAGAUAUUUCCAUAAAAACAUUUUCUUAUUUGUUCGGACCGUAAAAAAAAAAAAAAAAAAAAAAA